AUGAACAUCCUCCCGAUCAUUUGGUUGAUGCUGUGUGCCAGUGAAGUGGUUUCAGGCCAGUUUCAGUUGCAGCCUGAGAAUCUCACUGUGCUCCAAGGAUCCACCGCGCGCUUCACCGCCACAGUCCAGGGCAAGUGGGAGGUCAUGACCUGGACGGUCAACGAGUUACUGGUCCUCACCUUCCGCGUCAAUGGAGAUAUGUCCUCGUCUGAGCCUCAGUUCGGGGCCGGGUUCUGCACCAGUGGUGUGACGACUUGUGUGGAGUUCACCAUCAGUAACAUCACGCGCUCUCGGGCAGGGACCGUCAUUUGCAUGGUGCAGGGGGACUUCGGGUCCAGGACGUCCCGGCUCGACGUAGAAGAAAGUGGUACUGUCAACAUCUUAGGAGGUACUGUGAUGGUAGCCGAGGACCAGCGGGUGGAGCUGGAGUGUGUCACCUCCGGCUGGUUCCCUUCGCCCACCAUCAGCUGGACCCUCGGUGGCCGGACCGUGGACAGCAACCUUUACAACAGCAGCAGCGUUGCUCAUGGCGAUUCCUUUAACACCACCAGUGUGCUGACAUUCCGUGCAGUCAGAAACACAACCGCUCAGUGUCUGGCCACCGUGACCUCUUUAAUGGUGCCAAAGUCGAGCUCCGUCUUCAUAGUCGUUGAUCCCAAACCUCCUGACUGGACCGUGCUGAUCUCCAUUGUCGUCUCCUUUGGAGGUGCCGCUCUGCUGGCUUUACUCAUCAUCGGGAUAGUGUUCUGCUGCAAGCGCAGAAAAGAGAAACAGCCGUCCUAUCAAAAUGAAAUCAGAAGAGUCAGGACGCAGAGCCAGCUCAGUGGACUGAGUCCACUCGGACGGAAUCGAGGUCAAGUCAAUGCAGCCUACAUGACAGACGCAGGGGUUCCACAUGCCGACCACGCAGACGGUCCAAUUGGUGGAGUUAGUUAUAUUCAGAUGCCUGACGUUGUGAGUGAGGCGGGAGAUUACUACAGAGGAGUCUAUGACUUCACGGAUGAUUUUGGCCCCAGGAAACACAGGCACGCCACCAUGGUGUGA